AUGAUAUCAAACCUCAAAUUUUAUUCAGCUUUUAUUGUCUUUGGUGCAUUGUGGCCAUCCUUAGUUCAAUCUGAUGCAGAAUCUCUUCGUUCAAAGUUUUCAGAAUUAAAAAUAGAAGCUGUUUUUCCGGAUGAUCCCAAGUUUGAAGUACUUGCAAAAGCUUAUAAUAAACGGUUUACUUAUACUCCUGCUGCCAUUAUCUUACCUCGUAAUAAAGAAGAUGUAUCAAAUGCAGUUCAAAUCUCAGUUGCUGAGAAACUUCCUAUUUGUGCGCGCUCUGGAGGACAUUCUUAUACAGCUUAUGCUUUUUGUGGGAGAGACGGAGCAUUAGUUAUAGAUCUUGUGCGACUGAAGACGAUGGAACUUGAAGCUUCGAGUGGAAUAGCUAAUAUAGGUACUGGAAAUCGAGUGGGCGAGAUGGCUGUUGAACUCUACGAUAAAGGCAAACGAGCCUUACCUCAUGCAACAUGUCCUGGUGUGGGCAUUGGAGGAACCGCAUCAUUUGGAGGGUUCGGAUAUAGUAGCCGUAUGUGGGGCUUGACAUUAGAUAACAUCAUAGGUCAUGAAGUUGUUUUAUCUAAUGGUACAAUCCUUGAAACUUCAGAGAAGCAAAACCCCGACCUAUUCUGGGCCUUAAGAGGAGCAGGAUCGUCAUUUGGAAUAAUUACUUCAAUAAAAUUCCAAACACAUAAAGCACCGAAUCAAGUCACAAAUUUUAGAUAUGAAUGGAAUUUGAAUCAAGAGGAUUUUUCAAAUGCAUUGAUCAAUUUUCAAAGAUUUUCUAAUAAUGAAAAGAUUCCAAAUCAAAUUGGAUUUUAUGCAAAUAUUGGUAAGGGUAAAAAGGAUAACGAUUUAUCUUUUGUUAUUGAAGGUGCUUGGUAUGAUGAAGUUUCAAAACUUUCGGAGGUGAUGAAACCAUUUUUUGAUGUGAUGCCGUAUCCUCCUGAUAAAACCGAGAAAACUGGUGAUUGGAUUGCGAGUUUGACAGAUUUAGCUCAAAGAACUGGUUCAAAGUCUCUGUUGAUGUCAGAGAAAGAGAUACAAGAGGAUGGGAAGAAGUUUUAUGUCAAGAGUCUUACAACUCCCAAAUCGAUGCCAAUGACAACAACUUCCAUUCAAGCUUUUUCAAAGUAUCUUGUGACUCAAGGUCCACAGAUUAAAACAGGAUGGUUUGUACAAUUCGAGCUUUAUGGUGGAAGAAACUCGGCAGUCACUUCAAUACCCAUGAAUCAAACAUCCUUUGCUCAACGUGAUAUCUUAUGGACCAUACAAUUUUACACUUAUGCUACUAAUCCAGAGCAGCCCUUUACUGAGGAAGCUUUUGAAAGCUUAGAUCAAAUGGUGAAGACAAUCGUUGAAAAUAAUCCUCCUGAUGGGGAAUAUGGGGGAUAUUCUAAUUAUAUAGAUUCUAGAUUACCAGAUGACCAAUGGAAAAAAUUCUACUACAAAACAAAUUAUCUCAAGUUAUCUGAAAUCAAGAAUUUGUAUGAUCCUGCAAACAUAUUCUCAAAUCCUCAAACCAUCAAAGGAGAUGAUUUCCGUUUGCAAGGUCAAUAA